GGGGACUCGGAGCAGGUGCGCUACUGCGCGCGCUUCUCCUACCUCUGGCUCAAGUUCUCGCUCAUCGUCUACUCCACCGGCUUCUGGCUGAUCGGGGGCCUGGUCCUGUCUGUGGGCAUCUAUGCAGAGGUGGAGCGGCAGAAGUACAAAACACUAGAGAGUGCCUUCCUCGCGCCGGCCGUCAUCCUCAUCCUCCUGGGCGUGGUCAUGUUCUUCGUCUCCUUCAUCGGUGUGCUGGCAUCCCUCCGGGACAACCUGUGCCUGCUGCAGUCCUUCAUGUACAUCCUCGGGAUCUGCCUCAUCAUCGAGCUCAUUGGUGGCGUGGUGGCCUUGACAUUCCGGAACCAGACCAUUGACUUUGUGAACGCUAACAUUCGCAGAGGGAUUGAGAACUACUAUGACGAUCUGGACUUCAAAAACAUCAUGGAUUUUGUGCAGAAGCAGUUUAAGUGCUGUGGUGGCGAAGACUACAGAGACUGGGUCAAAAACCAGUACCACGACUGUGAUGCCCCCGGGCCCCUGGCCUGCGGGGUGCCCUACACCUGCUGCUUCAGAAACACGACCGAAGUUGUCAAUACCAUGUGUGGCUACCAGACGAUUAACAAGGAGGUAAGGUCUCUGAAUCCCUUCCCCAGGAAAGACCCCGUGCCCACAACCACCCAGGGGCUCGGAGGGGUGGGGCUGCUGAGGUCUCCCUGCAUUCCCAGGAGCCAGGGGGGUGCUGCGUUUUUCCACCCCCACGCGGACCCAGAAGGGCUCAAGGGCUCAGGGAGCCAGGAUCCCCUUAGGCUGGCAAGCUUGUGGGAGCCCUACCACAGUCCUGGCUGGUAUCUCCAGAGCUCAGGCACACCCGAGAGCCCAGCCUGCCUCUGCCCUUCGAGCCGCUGGUCUGUGGUGGCUCAGCUUGGGACCCAUGGGCUCUCUCAGGGCCCCCUCUGGGUCAACCUCCUGGAUGACUUCCCUGGACACGGAGAGAAGCUGGCGGUGGUGCUGACAAGGGAACAAAACGUGCUCAUCUGGUUCAUGGACAACUACACCAUCAUGGCGGGCAUCCUGCUGGGCAUCCUGCUGCCUCAGUUCCUGGGGGUGCUGCUGACGCUGCUGUACAUCACCCGCGUGGAAGACAUCAUCGAGGAGUACUCUGUCACCGAUGGGCUCCUGGGCCCUGGCGCCAAGCCCAGCGUGGAGGCGGCGGGCGCCGGCUGCUGCAUGUGCUACCCCAGUUAAGGCCCGCUGGACCUCCGUAGGGGCCGCGCCCCACCACCACCCACCGACCGUGCCACGUCCUUCUCAGUCCUCGACGGGAGCUGCACAGGACUGGGGCGCCUCUCCCACGUUCACCACAAUCCUGCAGUGCGUGCUGGGUGGGUGAGUGGGCUGCCGCCAGGGCCCUCUAGGGAGGUGGCUGGGCCAGGGAGGGGACACUCAGCGUUCUGCUCAGGGCUAAUUUCGGGUGGUGCCUUGUCUAGGAGGGGCGAUUUCUGUCCCCUUUCUACCCCAAAGGGGGUUGAGGAGCCACGGCUUAAGCUCACCACCCGACAGGCAGGUGGUUGGAGGGUCCCUGUAGGAAGGGGUCCUCUCCAGGGUGGAUGGGCUUGGUGAUUUGUAAACGGGGAAAGAAAAGUGGGUGUGUGUAUGUGUGCACACACAUAAGUGUGACAGCCAGGGAUGAAGGGGCACUAUCCGGGGCCCCACCAGCCCCUCCACUAGGCCCCAGGGCCCCUACACAUGUUUCUCAGUCACUCGGGUGCCUUGAACCUCUUACAAGGUGGCUGUUUGGCCAAUCCUGCUUUUUAAGUGAUUUUUAAAAAACACUAUAUGUUUUUACAGUUAACAGGAGUCUGACUAAUCAAAACUUGGUAUUAUCUACCUUCUGAGACCCCUCAAGCCAGCUCAUUAACCAAACAAUAAAGAUGUGAUUUUUUUUUUUC